AUGGUGAGCCAGGCAGAUCUUGAGCGGGCCAUCCACCAAAAGCUUGGACAUAUCGAUACACUUUUUGUUUCGGAUGUAUCAGGGGGUUGUGGGCAAGCAUUCGAUGUUGUAAUCGUCUCAGAGCAGUUUGAGGGCAAGAGAACAUUGCAACGGCAUCGCCUCGUGAAUGAUUGCCUCAAGGACGAAAUUGCUUCUAUGCAUGCUUUCUCCCAAAAGACAUACACUCCAAAGCAAUUCGAAGAACUCAAGUUUAUGUAUUCACGUCAAACUCCUAGCGAGAAGCCAGGCGUUUCUGCCCCUGCACCCAGUUUCUCUCAACCCACGGGCACAAACGUCGAAGCGGCCAAAAAGAAUACGAAGGCCGAUGGUGGCAUUGUUCCAAAGAUUGAAAUUCCUACCGGAAUCAACGAAAACAUUCAUGUCCCAGAGCUCACCCUCACGCCAGUAUCUGAAUCGAAACAUCCGUUCCGAUCUUAUCACCCCGAUCUCGAGUCUGAAAGUGCCUCCGUGGGCUCUGUGGACAUAAGGCAUACCUCGAGCCUGGAAGGAACUGGCAUUUCGCGUCUGCAUCAUGCGACCAUUUCCAAUCCUAGUUUUUGGCAGCAUUUGCGGGAAUUGCUCCGGAAUGAGGUGAUGCAAGAGCCGCAAGACAUGAAUGUUGACGAUGACGUUGUUUCACAGCGUCGGAAUCAUGAAUUGGGUGGUUCUGAAGUGGAACAGCUGUUUGAAGACUUUUUCCUCACCCAAAAAAACCACUUGUCUGCGAAUGACAUUGCGCGCAUUCGUGAUAUUACAGGUAUGCAUGGUAUGAGUAGCUAA